AAUGAUACGUUUAGCUCAGAUGUUUUUUGGCGAGGUCGCAAAAAUAUUCGGCAAAAUUAAAUUGCACUAAUUAUGGUAGGAACUACAUACAGAAAUAUUAACAUAACGCAUGUAGUAUUUAGACCUAAUUGACGCCUACAAAUUCAUGUUCAACCUGAAAACAGAUUCUUUUUAGCGAAUGUCUGUCCUCGAUUAAGUAGCAAGUUAGUAACGUAGUGACAAAUCCUUAAUAUCCGUAAUUUGCGAAUUAGACAAAAUUAAGUGUGCAAAAUGCUCAUGGUCGGCGGAUUCGUCCGUGUUGCAGACGGUUUCAAUGACAUUGGAUAUCCAAUCGGUCCCAAGUACAACAUCUCGUUAGAGGGUAGCCUCGCAAAUGAUGAGAUUUGCGGAAAAGUGCAAAUAUUGGACAACACUGGGGAGUAUUAUGUGUACCUCGGCAAAUUUGAUUUCUGUAGUUUUGCCGAGCAAAAAUUUUGUAGUGCCGCUUUUCCGAACAAUUGUUCGCACAAAGAACAGAAUUGUGCUACCAACUUGCCAUUGUGGUAGAACUUAUGGCAACAUUGUCGGUUAAGGGGGAACAUGUGAUUAACCUCUUGCAGCCGGAAAGAGGUCUCAAUUUUAUUGUCAAAUCCGUCAUUUACGACAUACUGGAUGGAAAGGAAGAAGCCUUGUACAAAGUUUGCGAUUUGGAAAAGCACAAAAAAGUAUUUAACCGGACAUCCUACAUAUUCCCGUUCAAAUUAAAACUCCCUCCCACCCUACAACUCCCGCCCACGUGGGAAUCUCCGAAUGGCAGUAUUGAGUACCAAAUCAACUUGUAUUACCGUCUUUCUCACUCCGAGUAUAAACUCGUGCACCCCAAAGUAUUCAAUUUUUACGGAAGUUACAUCUUCCCCUUCGAAAUGUUGGAGGGGCACAAAGAGAAAUUUAACGAAACCAGUUUUUCCCGCGACGACCUCGUCAUGACGGUUCGACUCCCGCAACUCAACUUUCUCCGAAGGGAAGUCAUUUCCUUUACCCUUCAGAUAAAAAACCCCAAACGAAUCCCUCUCCUGAAAAUUGGCGCGAAACUGGUCUGCAAACAUAUCGCGAUUUGCAAAAAUAUUCCGCGUAAAAGUGAGGAAACGGUGGACACCUUUGUAGCGAAGAAAGUUUCCCGCUCCGACAAAUUUGAAGUGAAGGGCGCCUUCCAGACUGGAAAGGUUAAGGUGCCAUCGUACGAGGGGCAUCCCACCUUCAAAAUAGAAUACUGCAUCGAAGUAGAAAUGACGACCGGGGGUGGACCCUUGAAGGGAGAAAUUUCUUUGAUAAUUGGCACUGGGCACGUGGAUCCGUCGCCUUCCGCGCCGCCGCCUCGGCCUCGGAGUUCUAGUUUCUCUUUGUUCGCUAUGCUGCCAAGACCGAGUGCUCCGCGGCGUUCGAUCACGGGAUCGACUUUCUCGCUGUCCUCGUUACAUCCGUCACUUCCGACGUAUUCCGCACUCCCGUCGCGACAAGGGUCAAUUUUGUCCUUGGAAACAUUGCCUCCACACUAUGAUGAUGUUGAAGAACAAUCAUUCCUGGAAUCCGACAAAGAUGAUGGCUAAAGAACUCGAGAUUUUGUGGAGAAAGUCAUACAUCUACACAUCAUACACAUCAUACACAUCACACCAGAGCUAUAGAUACAUCUAUAUUAUAAUUUCGAAAAGUCCGUCCCAUCAAGUUUUCCGAGACAUUCCUGCAUUUUGAUUGGCUACAGCCAAUCACAGUACGGAUAUGAUUUCGGUUACAAUUUAGGUUACAACUUGUUAUAACCUCUGUUACAACUUAUAUUACAACUUCUAUUAAAACAUGUUACAACUUCAGCAACAUAAAAGAAUUCCUUGGUAAUAUAAAAAAAAUUUCCUUAGCAAACAUAAAAAAAUCCUUAGUAACAUAAAAAAAUCAUUAGCAAUGUCAAAAAAUUUCC